CUGGACGCAGUCUGAAGGCCGUCGAGCGUCUCGUCUCCAAGUGAACAACUGGCCACACAGUCCAGGCCAGGGCAUAGUGUAGUAUAAAUAUCUGUCUGUCGCAACCGCUCGGCUCGUGAAGUAACGCAAACUGUGACCAUCUGAACCGGCGCUCACACGCCGAUCGACGCUUAGAACAUGGCGUCCCCCACGUCGGUGCUGUCCAAGACGCUGCAGAGCAUUACGCGCACCAAGAUCCGCGAGCUGGAAUCGCGCCGCCAGUCGUACGAGGCCCGCAAGCGCCAGUAUGUCGCCAAAGCCGAUGCCGCCGCCAACGAGCAAGACCGUCUCGCCUGCCUCGUGGAAGCCGUCGCAGAGCUCUAUCCGGCUGCCUCGAAGGACGGCAGCCUCACCAACCUGCAGCGCUGGCUGGAGCAGUCCCGCUACGAUGCCUCCAUCCCCGUGUCCAAGCUGGCGAGCUUCAGCCGCCAGCUCCGCGCCAAGCUCGACUUACAGAGCCGCAGGCUGGACAUGGCUCACCUGUACUCGCGUCUCCUGACUGAGUGGAUGGACCAGCCGCUUGAUGAGCCGCUGCCGGCCUCGGACGAACCGGACGGCGACUCGUUCGAGCUCGUCGAGCGCCAACGUCAGCGGCUGAGCGAGCUCGUCGACAAGUUCGAGUCCGUCGUCUUCGAGCCGCUCCAGACGGACGAGGCCGAAAUCCGCAGCUUCCUCGACUCCCUGUUUCCCAACGCAGAAAGCCGAGCGGAACUUGAGAAGCUGCGCAAGAAGAUCGCCGAGGACAGCCUCAGAUUCAUGUCCGAGACAGCCCCGUUCACCAGCGAGUCCCUGACGAGCUGCAUCAAAGGCCUCCUCACCGAGGACAUCCUGAGUGACGAGAAGCAGGCCCUCUUGCGCGACUUCUUGGAGAACAACCUUGCAAAGUCCGAGAUUGCUGACGUCUUGAACAUGCGCUUCUCUGCCCUGAGGGAAUGGCGCUGGGAUGCCGGCCCCGAGGGUAUCCGCGUCGUGCCGCGUCGCUGCCUGAACGGCAAAUAUCGCGUCUGGGCCGACGAUGACAUCCUGCAGAUGAUCUUUGUCCAGUAUAUCGGCAUCAGGCUGUGCAACCUGCUCAAGCCCGCACUGAAGGCUUUCAUGCGCGCCGUGCUCGUCAGACCGCUUGAGCGCCACACAGCACCGACCGAUGCCGAUCGGAAAAGACGCCGAUUCUACGUCAGCCAGCCCUCGAUUUCCAGUAACAGCGUUGAGAGUAACCGCAAGUCUAAAUACCUCGAGACAUUUUUCCUCUCUCAACUUCCCACGACCCUCGACGAAGACCUCAGCUAUGACGAUGAUGACGACGAAGACAGCAGCAACUAUAGCGACGGCACCAACCCGAACGGCUCCCAGCAGAAGCGAUCUGGCAUCAAGCAAGAGCUCCUGCGCCACCUUACCGCCGAGCUGAUAGUCCAUCGCCUCCGCGGUGUUACCUACGACACCCGGGCAACGCCUGGCGGCGGCGGCGGCGGCGUCGCCGUUGUGCAGACCGACCUGCAGUGGUACGGCACCGGCCUCUCCCACAGCACCAUCUUCGCCGUCAUGCGCUACGUCGGCUUCGGCCAGGAUUGGAUCGAUUUCUUCAAGAAGUAUCUCGAGGCGCCCCUGAACCUGGACGCUGCCUCGGACGACCGUCCGAAGCGCGGCCCCCGCAUCCGCAAGAGGGGAGUGCCCAUGGCGCACGCCUCGGAGAAGUUCACGGGCGAGCUGGUGCUGUUCUUCCUGGAUCUUGCCGUCAACCGCAAAACCGGCACCCUGCUGUACCGCUUGCACGACGACAUCUGGCUCGUGGGCGAGCCCCAGACAUGCGCGCUGGCAUGGGACUGCAUGCAAUCGUUUGCCAAGGUCUUCGGCCUGGACUUCAACAAAGCUAAAACCGGCUCUGUCUGCAUCCCGGGGUCCGGAAACAGAGACGCCGCCAUCGCCAGCUCGUUGCCGGUAGGCCCGGUCAAGAUCGGCUUCCUGUGUCUAGAUCCAAACUCCGGGAAAUGGGUCAUCGACCAGGACCUGGUAAUGGCGCACGUUGACCAGCUCAAGAAACAGCUGGCCGAGUGCAAGAGCGUGCUCUCGUGGGUCCAGACAUGGAAUAGCUGCGUCGGCCGGUUCUUCAGCCAUACGUUCGGCCAGCCCGCCCCUUGCUUCGGGCGGGAGCAUAUCGACGAGGUGUUGAGCACGUAUCGCAACAUGUUGCGGAGGCUGUUCCCCGGCUCUGACGGGAAAGAGGGAAGCGUGGUCGAGCAUCUCAAGCGCAUGAUCCAGGAUCGAUUCGGGGUCUCGGGCCUGCCCGACGCUUUUGUCUAUUUGCCGGAACAACUCGGUGGCCUUGGCCUCCGGAACCCCUUUGUUGGCUUAUUCCUGGUUCGCAACCAGAUCAAGGAGACGCCCGAGGACAUCAUCGAGGAGUACCUCAAGGAUGAAUGGGAACAGUACCUUGAACGGAAAACAUCCUGGGAGGAUCUUAGCGACCCGGUUCUGACUCAACGACUCCGCUCCAUCUAUCCGGACAAAAACUCAAGGGAGUUGGACACCAUCUUCAGGCAAUGGAGGAAGAUCUUCUUCCCGCUGCAGGACUACAGCCUGUUCCGCGAGCUCCUGUUCGGCACGUUCGCCCAGGCUGUGCGGAGGCUCGUCACCGUUCCCGCGGCCGAGAAGAUUGCGUUGAGCAAGGAGGUCGAGAGCGAGCUCGAGUCCUUCUUGGACAACACCAAGGUCGGGCUCGACUCGGAGAAGAAGUGGUUCCUGCAACUGUACGCCCGAGAACUCAUGGAGGACUUCGGCGGCCUGAGCCUCGUUGACAAGCAGUUCCUGCCCGUUGGCGUUCUGGAGAUGAUGAGGGGCAAAAAGGUCAGCUGGAACAUGGUCCUCUAAGGCGCAGAAAGAGCCGUUCAUCGAGGAAACAACCGGACAUCCAAAAAACCAAGGAGGCUCUAUUGUCGCUGUCAUGCAUGCCGUCGUAUAUCGUACAUUGCGCCCUUUUUUCUAUGUCUAACAUCCGGAAAG